AUCCGACCGCCGCCCCGCCGGCCCCGCGGCCUCAGGCUGCCCGCUGGCCUCGGAGCAGGCGCCUGCGCCCUCGGCCUCGGCCUAGUCAUGCUCCGUCCGGGCGCGCAGUGGCUGCGCGGCCUCCUGCUGCGGAGCUGCCCGCGGCAGGGCUCCCCCGGGCGCCCGCGCUCUGUCUGCGGCCGGGAAGGAGAGGAAAAACCCCCCUUAUCUGCAGAAACACAAUGGAAAGACAGAGCAGAAACAGUGAUAAUUGGAGGUGGCUGUGUUGGUGUGAGUCUGGCUUAUCACCUGGCCAAAGCAGGGAUGAAAGAUGUGGUCCUGCUGGAGAAAUCAGAGCUGACGGCUGGAUCUACCUGGCACGCAGCAGGUUUAACAACUUACUUUCAUCCUGGAAUAAACUUGAAGAAAAUACAUUAUGAUAGCAUCAAACUUUAUGAGAAACUGGAAGAAGAAACUGGGCAGGUGGUGGGAUUCCAUCAGCCAGGUAGUAUCAGACUUGCUACCACCCCUGUAAGGGUAGAUGAAUUUAAAUAUCAAAUGACUCGGACUGGCUGGCAUGCAACAGAACAGUAUAUCAUUGAACCUGAAAAAAUUCAAGAGAUGUUCCCUUUACUCAACAUGAAUAAGGUUUUAGCUGGAUUGUAUAAUCCUGGAGAUGGUCACAUUGAUCCUUAUUCUCUAACUAUGGCACUGGCUGCUGGGGCUAGGAAAUAUGGUGCCCUUUUGAAAUAUCCUGCACCAGUAACUUCUCUGAAAGCCAGGUCAGAUGGAACAUGGGAUAUUGAAACACCACAGGGGUCUAUGAGAGCAAAUAGAAUUGUGAAUGCUGCAGGAUUUUGGGCUCGUGAAGUAGGUAAAAUGGUUGGACUAGAACAUCCUCUCAUUCCGGUUCAACAUCAAUAUGUUGUUACAUCGACUAUACCUGAAGUGAAAGCUUUGAAACGAGAACUCCCUGUGCUCCGUGAUCUGGAAGGAUCAUAUUAUGUUCGACAGGAAAGGGAUGGGCUUUUGUUUGGUCCAUAUGAAAGUCAAGAGAAAAUGAAAGUUCAGGACUCCUGGGUCACCGAUGGAGUUCCUCCAGGUUUUGGAAAGGAACUCUUUGAGUCUGAUCUAGAUCGAAUCAUGGAACACAUCAAAGUUGCCAUGGAAAUGGUUCCUGUCUUGAAAAAGGCUGACAUCAUCAAUGUCGUCAAUGGUCCUAUCACGUAUUCUCCUGACAUUCUGCCUAUGGUGGGGCCCCAUCAGGGGGUCAGAAACUACUGGGUGGCUAUAGGCUUUGGAUAUGGCAUAAUCCACGCUGGUGGGGUAGGGAAAUAUCUCAGUGACUGGAUCCUGCAUGGAGAACCUCCUUUUGAUCUGAUAGAGUUGGAUCCUAAUCGCUAUGGCAAAUGGACAACAACCCAGUACACUGAGGCCAAAGCAAGAGAAUCAUAUGGAUUCAACAAUAUUGUUGGUUAUCCUAAAGAAGAACGGUUUGCUGGAAGGCCAACUCAACGAGUCAGUGGGCUCUAUCAAAGGCUGGAGUCUAAGUGUUCCAUGGGGUUCCAUGCUGGCUGGGAGCAGCCGCACUGGUUCUACAAACCAGGCCAGGACACUCAGUACAGGCCAAGUUUUCGCCGCACAAACUGGUUUGAGCCUGUGGGCUCGGAGUAUAAACAGGUUAUGCAAAGAGUAGGGGUAACUGACCUAUCACCAUUUGGCAAGUUUAACAUCAAAGGCCAAGAUUCCAUUAGACUACUGGACCAUCUCUUUGCAAAUGUCAUUCCAAAGGUGGGUUUUACAAAUAUAAGUCACAUGUUAACACCCAAAGGUCGAGUGUAUGCUGAGUUGACUGUUUCUCACCAAUCUCCCGGGGAGUUUCUUUUAAUUACUGGCUCUGGAUCAGAACUUCAUGAUCUUAGAUGGAUUGAAGAAGAAGCAGUCAAAGGUGGAUAUGAUGUUGAAAUUAAAAAUAUAACCGAUGAGCUUGGAGUUCUUGGAGUUGCUGGGCCACAGGCAAGAAAAGUCCUUCAGAAACUGACCUCUGAAGAUCUUAGUGAUGAUGUUUUCAAGUUUCUUCAAACCAAGUUCUUAAAGGUUUCCAGCAUUCCUGUCACUGCUACUAGGAUAUCUUAUACUGGUGAGCUGGGUUGGGAGCUGUACCACAGAAGAGAAGAUUCUCUGGCGCUGUAUGAUGCUAUCAUGAAUGCAGGCCAGGAGGAGGGAAUCGACAAUUUUGGAACCUAUGCCAUGAAUGCCUUACGCCUGGAGAAAGCCUUCAGAGCCUGGGGGUUAGAGAUGAACUGUGAUACAAAUCCUUUGGAAGCUGGACUGGAAUAUUUUGUGAAGUUAAAUAAGCCGGCAGACUUCAUAGGAAAGCAAGCACUGAAACAGAUUAAAGCCAAGGGGCUGAAACGAAGACUGGUCUGCCUCACCUUGGCAACGGAUGAUGUUGAUCCAGAGGGAAAUGAAAGCAUCUGGUACAAUGGCAAGGUGGUUGGCAACACGACAUCUGGAAGCUAUAGCUACAGCAUCCAGAAGAGUCUGGCUUUCGCAUAUGUCCCUGUAGAACUAAGUGAAGUGGGACAGCAAGUGGAAGUUGAACUAUUAGGCAAAAAUUACCCAGCAGUCAUCAUACGAGAACCUUUGGUACUGACCGAACCAACCAGAAACCGGCUUCAGAAAAAAGGUGGAAAGGACAAAAAUUGAAAAAAGACCUUUAGCAGUCAACUGAAUUAGAGUUGCUAAUGACUGUCCUUGAAAUUAUUAUAAUUGGCUCCCAGGGGAAUAGAGGAAACCAGGAAUUCAUUUCAAAAUCAUCAAAGUCUAGAUUUAGAAUCUUAAUGAAACCUUUCUGUUAAGUGUUUUCUAAGCAAGACAGAAUAAUAGAUAAAUGAUUUACAUUGUUCUUUUAAAUGAAGAAAUUUGAAAUGAAUUUUUUUAUUACCCCACAUUACCCAAUCAGCAAAACAUUUAGGUGUUUGCUAAUAUAUACAAUCAUUACUAUAACCUAAUUAAAGGACAUUUUAUAAUUUUAGUAACAAACGCAUUCGGUUCUUGACAGCUGAAAACAAAUUAAUAAAUUAACUUUUACAUAAAAACAUGUACAAUAUUGUUUAUGGAUUGACUUCAUUGAGAAAUCUUUCCUUAGAUGAAUAAAUGAAAGUUUUAAUUUUUCAUGA